GUAGGUGAUAUCGUGCGAGCACUCUUUAACUUAUAUGACUACCUUUUGUUAACCUUUAUAUCCAUAAGAACAAAAUAAUGAAAGAAAGAUCAUUGCUGUACAAAUCCUUUCAAAUGAACAACUAACGUACAAACAAUGCGCAUCAAAGUCAGAUGCUUCCCUACUACAUCCUUCUUCUUGCCAAUAACACGCUUCAUGUGCCGCCAGAUUUUGUUCUUUCUCUCAGUCCUCCUAGUAGUACUGUUGUUGGUGUUAAUACUCAGCAAAUUUUGGAGAUAUUCAGAAUUUUCAGAAUAUGAGCAUUCUAACGUUUUUUGGCUUUGGAAAGACGUAAUUUUAUCGCCAGCUGUAUGUCCUACUUCAUGUUUUCGUGGAUAUUUUUCGUUAUUUGACAACCUAGCCUGUAUAAUUUGUCACAGUCAUUUUGAUUUUCUUGACUUAUUGUUAAGUUUUCCGUUGUAUAAGUGAAGUCAUUUUGGUAAGACUUCUCGACGAAGUACCUAGGAUGUAUUUGUAAUUUUUGAGUUACCUCAAAAUUCUGGCGCUGCAGUUGUGCUUAAACUUUAGUCUAUGUGAUACAAUUUGGGCUCCUGAUCGAUAUCUUAACUGUUGGAUGUAAUUGCCGUAGGUAACAUCGGAUACGGUUAGUAUGCUGCUUGUUGUAUAUAUCUGUUUAUUAACGGCUGUAAGCUAAGGUAAGAACUGUUAAAGUUCGUUUCAAUGUCUUUAUUUUCAACCAUUUUAGUGUGGUGAACAGUAAACUAGAUACAUAGCUGAAACAUAACUACUCAAACAAUGCAAAUCAUUUAUUCUCAACGUAGAACCUGUACAUCGGUUCAAGUUGCCAUGCCACACUAGCACAAAUAUGUCAGACCAAAUCAAUGAAUAAGUUAUUAAAAGUAUAAUAAGAAUGAUUAAGCAUCGAAGAUAUGAUUUGAGGAUAGAAUAUAAAUUAGUGAAUCAAAAACAGAAAAUGGUAUGAGAAAUUUAAAAUCUCAGAUUUUGGAGGAAGAUAAACAAUAAGUGCAUAUAUGCCAUUGCAAACAGUUUUGAGCCAUGUCAUCCAAAGUCUCUAACUAUUGGUUGCGAUAAUCACGUGGGCCCCAAUCAGGUAACCUAUACCUAUUAACAUGACGGUUCAAUUGUCAUCGACCUCAUGGACUGAUGCUACAUUUUGGUUUGACCUCCCCUAGCUCUUCUCCAGUCCGCUCCUGCACCAGAAUACAUUGCCCAUCGACGUAGGCGGUAGUCGGGCAUACUUGAUAUAUACUAUGUUGGUCAAACAGAUUAUGUUGGCUAAAAUAAUACCGUUUUUCUGAAAAAUAGUCAUGUGUUACAAUACUCCCAUCCACACGUUUCUGCGAUUUUUAAUGCUGAUUUAAACUGUCACAAAAUCAUUAUGGAUUUACUUAGCGUACUUAGUUGUUUGAAUAAUUAAUAUUGGUUUUUCAUUUUAUUAUAGUUGAAAUAUUGUGCGAAAUGACCAUUACCUAAAACUGCCAAGCUUCCUUCGUACUUUGAGAAUGUCUGACUGUGUAGUAAUGUUUAGUCAUUGGUGUGUUUGCUUUCAGCCCAUUCAGACUCAUUUAAUUUUAAUCUUUUGCAGGAUUCUUUAUGGCUAGAACCAGUUCAUUUGCAGUAUCCUAAAAAUAUACGUUUUGUCAUAAACAAAUCAUUAGAAACUUCAGGUCCGUUGUCUCAUUUAUUACCACUCAGUUCAAUUCCAAAUCUACGACAAUAUAUUUCAAAUAUUAAUAAGGUGCAAUACGUAAAAAACGAAGACCUGUAUGGUCAACUACCAACAAGAGAUAAUUUCAACUCUACAAGAUCCUCUCCUAAACAUGUUAUGAUAAUACAAGUAGGCUAAUAAGUGAUUUAUAUUUAAUAAAAGUUUUUUAUUUCAUACGUAACAAAUGCAAUCGAAUCAAUGUUUUCAUAAUGAUACUCCCAAGUAAAAAAAAACCGAGAUUGAUGUUUCUCACCUUAAAAUUCAAUUUGUAGUUUGAUUUGAUAGCAAUGGUUUGCAAACCAAGCAUUAUUUUGUGGGUCUUGCGUCCUCUGAGCUGAACGGUUUUGUUGACCUUGCUGCUUAAUACAAAAAAAAACAGUCAGCUGAAAAGACAGAGUUCUAACCAUGAGAGAAGACAGUCAUAAUAAAUGUGUGAUUAAUGAUAGCACAAUUAUGGAAGGCAUCUAAUCAAAUUUCUUGUUGGCUAAACGAGCUGUCGAUUAAUUAUAAAUAGUGCCCUGGUACGGCCGAGGGUGGGGAGAGCCCACUCUCCCUCUCGAAAUGCUCUCUCAUGGCUACGCAUAUACAGCCAUUACCAGAGAAGUCCUAUUCACUUUCCUUCUCGUGGCGGGGGUGUUGUUUACGAAAUUGAGAGGACAAAAAGCGAAUGUUCGGCGCUUUAACCGGGUCGGUGAACACGGGGGGUCCAUUUUUUCUUAUAAGCACCCUCCAUUAUCUAUCUCUUCACAUUCUCAUUGUUAUUGUGUUGCGCGUAUGUAUUUGAUGCCCCUUUAUACUAAUAUGUGUUCAAAUAAAUAAAUAAAUAAUAAACUCAUUUUUAAGUUAUGUAUUGUUGGUGUUAUUUGAAAAGGCAAUAAAAGCUCCAUGAUUAAACCGUUCAGUUUCGUGAGCACAACACGAAGACAGUUUAAAUAUAGUGGUUUUUAAUUAGAAAACGCUUGCUCAGAGUGGUCAGAUGACUUGCUUAUAUGUAUGAUGAGAUCAUGCUUAAUAGUUGCUAAACACUACCAUAUAUAUAUUAGUCUGUAGUAGAGAUUUCAGCAUUCGGCUGUUCAAACAACCACCAGUUGCUUAUGUAACAGAGAUGCAGUGUUUCUUUGCUGGGCUUUCACAAUAAAUAAGUUAUAGAAAUUUAAACGAAUAAUUGAGUAGUAUUAUUACUAGCCAUCACACCCACAAACAGUGUGUUUGUAGGCCUCCACACCAAUUUCUAUUCAGUAAGCUAGUUGCAUUAAAUGAGAUAGUAUUUAAAUAAAAAACAAUGAUUGAAUAAAUGUUUUAAAAAUUCAGAUGGUUUGAUCGUCAUAUUCUGACAUAUAUGUGACGAUGAUAUAAUUACUCGUAAUUCAUGUCAGUAUAAUCUAGGUACGAAUGUCUUAUUAAUUUGCAUUUUUCUGUUGAAAGAAACAAGGAUUCUGAGUUCAGAUAAGUUCAUAGGCAUAGUCAAUCAUAAAUGCUGUUUUUUAAACUGGUUAAGACCGACUUAUCUUACUAAAGAGGAGUACUGUGGAUUUAUUUCUUCUUGGAUUAACAGUAGACUAGUUAUGUUUGCAGACACCGAGGUCAGUUGUUUCUUAGCAAGCGCAGCACUGUUUUUAGUUUGUCCUCAGUUUAUUUUUAGGUUUAGUUGUCACAUCACUUUAUGAAGUAACCUUGUUUCUUCAACCCUGUACGAGAUUUAUAUCAUUGAUUUACAGGUAUGCUGGAUAACAUUUUUCAGAAAGCAUUGUUCAAUAAACGGUACUUUAAAGUUUCAAAUAAUUUCCACGAGACUUUACUACUGAAAGGACUUAAAUCAAGCUCAUUUCAGCAUCAGCAAUCGAUCAUAUGUUAUUGCGUUACUUAUGUUAUUUAUUCCAUUUGGAAGCUCAGUUUACUCUCUCGGUCAUACAUAAUUUUAUCUUUGUUCGGUAAACUUGUACCAGUGCUGAAAUUGAAAUAGCUAUUGUCAAGUUAACUUUCAAAUAUUUUAGAAUAUCCAUUAACUAAACUUACUCUUUUCAAGUCCUGUUUUCAUAGACUGUGAUUAGAAUUGAUAAAAAAUGAUUAUAUUUGGCUUAUUGUGAUCCAACCAAUGCUUCCAUCAUCAUUCAAUCAAAUCAGUGUGGCUUCUAAUUAUCUGAUGUUUUCUGUUCAGGUUCAUAAUAGAUCUAUAGAGUUAAGUCUGUUAAUUGAAUCGUUACGACGUACAAAAGGAAUCGAAACAGCCCUUAUUAUUUUUUCACAUGAUUUCUAUUCUGAUGAAUUGAACAAUCUUAUCGGAUCUAUUCGCUUCACUCGUACUGUUCAAAUUUUUUAUCCCCAUUCAAUGCAACUAUUUCCAAACACCUUUCCUGGUACUGAUCCAAGAGAUUGUAAUAGUAGAAUAAAACCCACUGAAGCUAUGAAUAUAGAAUGUUUAAAUGCUCGUUGGCCAGACACAUUUCAGCAUUAUCGUGAAUCACAUUUUACUCAAAUUAAGCAUCAUUGGUUGUGGAAAAUUGAAUUCGUAAUGAAUCAUUUUUAUCCAACAAAAUAUUAUAAGGGUUACUUCAUCUUAUUAGAAGAAGAUCAUUUUGUUGUAGAAGAUAUUUUAUAUAUGUCGGAAUUUAUUAGUAAAAAUAUUUGGAGGUAUGUUUUAAAUAUUAUUACAAGUGAAUACAUUUAUAUAAUCUGACUGGUCUAAAUCGCUGAUCAUCCUAAGAAGAGAAAAAGUCCUAUCGUAUCAAUCACAAACAAAUCAAAUUGACCAAUACAGUUUUUAAAAUAUUAACUUCAAUAACACGUCAACGCUUAAUGAGAGCUUGUAAACAGUAAAAUAGAAAAAAAAACUUAGGCUGUUUUCAGACCUGAACGUGGAUCUAUAGACUAAAUAUUCAGUCUUCGAUAGGUCCUGGACUUAGAUAUAUUUUUUGACGUCCGACAAUAGUUGUCUUUCUUGAUCUUAAGAUAGCAUUCGACUCCGUUGAUCGUAAGGUUCUAUAUCAUUGUCUGUCUCUAAGAGGCUUACUAAAGAAGUACAUCAACCAUGUACAGGAUCUCUACUCGAACACUAGUUGUCUAGUCAGAGCCACCUUUGGAACGGAUAACUUCAUGUGGUGUUCUUCAGGGUUGUCCACUUUCGUCAUUUUUUAAAAAGUUUGUCAUAAAAAAGUUUUUAGUGAUAACUGAUACGAUAUUCAAGUCUUUAUUAGUUGUAGAAUGAGCGACCUAUAAGUUAAUUUCCUCCAAUCGCCUAAGACAUUAUGUUUAUUCUGUGUUCAUGCUUUGUAUAUAAGUAUGUCAUUUUAUUACCUUAAAAAUUAUUCAUCUGGUUUGUGGUCUUGUCUUUGACUUCCAAUUACUCAAGGGCCUUAGUCAAUUAUACGGUCUCGUGAGUAGCCACCUCUUGGUUCCAUUGUAUCAUAUGGUUUAUCUGUCAAUUAGCAUUCUAUUAAUCGAUUUUGACAACCAAAAUUUCUGUUGUUGGCUUGCAGUACGCAGGUGAUAUAGUUCUUUUUGGUGAAGACACUGACAAAAUGCAGUCUUUUUACAACCGUAAGCAACAAUGUCAGCUUGUUUGGAACGUAAUUCCCUUCAUUGAAAUGCAUAGUGUUUCUUUGGCACUGACUUGCAUCAGGGCCCGAAUUGUUGAUAGAGAGUGAAUUAGUUGAGUCUACCGAUUGCUUCACUUAUAUUGGGAGUCUUAUCAGUCCUGAUAGGCUAGUGUCUGGUGAAAUGUUGACACAGAUUUGUAAAGCUCGAUCUCUGUUUAUUGAACUGUCACUGGUGGCGUAUCCGACAUAUCCUUUUACCAACCAAAGGACGCGUUUACUGCUCAGCACUUCACUCUGUCCUACUUUAUGGGUGUGAAAUGCGGUCAUUAAGGAUAGAAGACAUUCACAGGUUAAUAGUAUUCGACUGUAAGUGUCUUCGAAGGAUUGCUCAUGUGUUUUUGGACCAUCGAAUAAGUGAUGCCGAAGUUGGGAAUAGAGUAUUAGGUAAAGAUGGCAAGUCAGUUGUUGCGGUAAUCUUUAUCAACUGAGGUGGUUAAGCUAUGUGGUUGCGUAUGCCUAACUAUUAGCUACCUCAACGGGCGAUGUUGUUUUACCAUAGGAGUAGGUUAGAAGAAAACUAGGAGCGGUAAAACCAAGACGUUGCACCAGUCCAUCAACUUAUCGACAAUUGGACUGAGCCAUGUAUGUGGGUAUAAGCUACCUGAUUGGGUUCCAUGUUAUUAUUGUAACCAAUGGUUAGAGACUUUAGGCGACAUGCUUCAGAAUCGUUUGCAAGGGUGCAAGUGCAUUCACUUCUUGUCUUCCUCUAGAACCUGAGUCUCAAAAUCUUUCUUUUACCUUUUGUUAUGAUUUUCUCUUAUUACAACCCAGCUAUUCCUAUUGCUUAGUAUUCUCGGACACCAAUUCACACGACAAGUCCCCAAAUCAGAACACGGUUGAGCAGGAAAGAGAUUAUAUUCCAAAUAACAAGGUUAGAUGGGAGUAAGAAGCACAAUAGGGAAAACGUUAGUAUAUUUAUAGUUUUUACAUGAGAUUUCUAGAGUGUUCUCCAAGUACCAAAGCAAUCGUGCAUUGAGCAUGCUUAAAUCCAAUCUAUGUCCCGCUAACACCUUUCUUUUUCCAUGUCUGAUCUUUUACUACUACUGAUACUGUUACUACUUCUACUUCUGUGGAAUUUGUUUUGAAGUAAUUUCAUCUCGUCUUAAUGUGAUAUGACAACUUGAAGUGAAGCACAUGUGUCAGGCUCUACAUUGCAUAUAAUGAUGACGAUGAAUGACUAUUCUUCACUAAUUGCGUAACACUCCACUGUGUAUGCAGGUGAAAUGAAGACAGUACAUAUUUUCACGCGAACUCAGAUAUGCACUUCAAAAAAUGUAUGCAAAUUACAACAAGAGCAACCUUAUCAUUUCUUUGUUGAUGGGUUCAUAUUUUGGUUAGUUUAUUGUAAAAAGAAGAUUAAAUUAUAGUUUUUAAUGUUCUCUUUUUCAACGGUUCUCUUAUAGAAUUUAUUGUAUUUAAUGUUUACAGAGUCUUUC